ACUAUCACUGAGUCUAGUGUCAUGACGCAAAGUAUGGAGAUUCAGAAGAAACCCCUGGACAUUGUCAUCGUCGGUGGCUCACUGGCAGGCCUCAUGUGUGGCAUAGUCUUGAGGGAUGCUGGUCACACAAUUCGAAUUCUAGAGCAAGGAGACAAUGAGCGACAAAGUCAUAUGGCGGGUGUGUGUCUAGGGCCAAGCGCCGGCGUCUUCCUAGCACAACACGACCGUCACAGCCGUCCAUUCUUCAAAAGAACAUUGCGGCUACUUGUUCUCGCUACUAGCGGGGCUAUUCGCUUUUUCGUUAAGGGUCGUCGCGAUAUGACAAGUUGGGAUGCAUAUUACUUUCGCCUCCGCUCGAACUUCGAUGCCUACAUAAGCUCAUAUUACCCUAGGCCUCCACUCUCGUCGGAAAGGGACGGCUCUGUGUCUUACGAAACGCAUACUAAAGUCGUCGAUCUAGCAUCCGAUGGAGAUGAUAGGUCGAAGAUGAGACUGUCGGUUCUUAAUCUUGAGUCCCAAGAUACGUCGGAACUUCAAGCAGACUUAAUCAUUGGUGCAGAUGGUCCGGACUCGUUCGUGCGGAAUAAGUAUCUGCCUCAUGUACAACGUGAAUACGCCGGAUACAUUGCUUGGAGGGGUACAGUUCCCGAAAGCCAUGUCUCAGACGCCACACGGAAGCUUAUCGAGCAGGGACCUACGGUUCAUUUGAUGCAUCGGAAUCACUGCGUUAUUUACUCCAUCCCAGGUCCAAAUGGCACUCUCGAGUCAGGGGAGAGGUUCUUUAAUUUCCUCUGGUAUACGAAUCAGUCGCAGCAGGAUUUGGAUGAGAUACUUGUUGAUAGCAUCGAUGGGCACCGGCAUCACAACACCGUUCCCGCGGGGCGCGUGCAGCAGAAAUCCUGGAACAGGCAACUCGAACUUGCUCAAGCUGCACCGUUCCCAAGCCCGUUCCUUGAAAUAAUCAUGAAGAUCGAGAGGCCGUUCAUACAGGUUGUCACACAUCUCUGCUCGCCGCAAGCCACGUUUGAGGGCGGUAAGGUGUUGUUGAUAGGGGAUGCGUUAUCCCUUUACUGUCCCCAUACUGCAUUGAGCGGAACGCAGGCAGCGUUUCAUUCGAUGGCGACAGAGAAGUAUGUGAGCGGCGAGAUAACAUUGCAGGAGUAUGAGCGGAAGGUUUUGAGGUAUUCUCACUUGUAUUGGUCUCAGAGUAUUUGGUGGGGGCGUUUCUAUCAGCGCCAUAUCUUGGUGGCGUUCUGGUCCGGUUUGUAUUACUGGGCUUCCUUCGGCAUUAACAGAAUCAGAUCAUGGUCCGCCGGAAUGCGACAGCGGGCAGGAACCGCACCAGAGAUCGCAGAUGAGUAUGCGACAUAGUGGUGUGAGUUUCGAAAAAUUUUACUCGAAAUACGCUAAUAAGACCGAGGCAUGUAAUCCUACUGGUACCCAAGGUAAAAACUCUGUAAUAGAAUUCUUAUAUUGUCGUAUCAAUGAAAUCGGAUGGGCUGAACCCCAUACCCGCGAAGCUGGGCAUCAUAAAGGGCACGUAGUUUAUUGGUUGAGUUUAAAAGGCUACCGAGGGAGAUGAGACGGGGUAGAGCCG